AUGUCUCAGGUAUUCCAUAAGGCCUGUUAUACAUCCCGUAUUCCGAAAUGUCGGACACUAUCGACCAAUACGGAUCACAACAAACAAAAUACUGACGAAGAUACAUACGACAGAAAAAUCGAAGAACUUAAGCUCGAAGUUUCGGAAAAAAUCGACAAAGAAAUUGAUCGAGCGAAAACAUCUCGACAAUCGAUUUUAGAAAAAUUCAACAAAAUCGAUUCCAAAAUCGACUCAAUGCUCGAAAUACAAGACAAGGUUACGGCUCUUCGCAAAGAUUUGCACACAGCCGAAUAUACCCUUUCUGAACUAACAGCUAAGAUCGCAAAAAUAGAAUUAGCAUCGAGUAGCAGCGACGGUUUCAGUCUGCAUUCAAAGAAUAUGUCUUUCAGGUCAAAAGAACCGAUCAUUGAAGAACUGGAGUAUCACAACAUCCAGACAAGAAAAUAUCUAAGACACAAACAGCUUCGCUACUAUAUAAACACCAAGAUAACUAACAAAGCUGGAUGA